AUGACUAUAAUUGUAGCUUCUUUGUUUUUGCCAUAUCAACCUCAAUUUGUUGUACAGUCGAAUGAAUUCGAUGCUAAUUUGGUGAAUCCAUCAUUGGUGAAAGUUAAGAUUCCUAACGAAAACCAAAAGAAUAAGAGAAGUGAUUCGGUCCACACAUCUCCAUUCGCAAAGGCAGCAGAUGUAGGAAGCACCGAAUUUCAUGGUUCAAUGAAUGGUAUUAGCGACCAGCUUGCUGGUCCUGUAAACCAAGGCGAGAUGUCUGGUUUAGGAACACCAACUAUAUCUGAUGGAGACAUGAUUUCCGGUGAUCUUUUCAUCGAAAAUUUAACUGCGAAUGCAUCUGUUAUAGGAAGUCCACGCUCUGCUGCCUUACCACAGAAAAAUGCAAACAAGACUGCAUCCAUUGAUGAAUUUUUUCCUUCAUCUUCUGCACAGUUACCAGAAACAACCUCUUUGCGUAAAAAAGCAGUCACAGGUUCUGGACUAGACUCGAAUUUCCAUGCUAGUAACGCAUUGAAUAAUGAUAUCUCUCCAUCACUAUCAGUGAUAUCUUCUCCAGCUUCAGAAUCUUCAGCACACGCAAAUAUCGCAACUCAUUUGGCUAACGACAUGUCAACUUCUACUUUAUUGAAAAAUGUUAACAAGUCCUUGUUAUACCAAAAUGUGUUAAAGGGGAACUCUCAAACCUCAUUGGAAGGACAUACAAUGAAAAGUGCAAGUUCACACCGUAAUACAGUUAUUACUCCAAAAUCUAAAACCGUUCCAGAUUUCCAGUCAUCUGCAGUUGUAAAUUUUGCAAAAGUUAGACAACAAAAUCAAGAAACUUCUCUUCCAUCAAUGAGAAGAGUUCCUUUAAUGACAGAUAAAUCAGGCUCUUUAACCCCAACUUCUGUUACUGGUGGUAUUGGAACAAGAAAUGUUCCUUCACAUUUAAAAUAUGAAAUCGAUUCAAAAUAUAUUGCGACUUCUGAGUCUGAUGAAGAAGAUGGGAAAAGUGAUGAUUCAGACUUAGAAAAUAAUUCCAGCACUGUGUAUAAUGUCCCAGGAUUUGGUGGUUACUCUAAUAACGAAAAAAUCAAAUCAUCUUUAUUGAAACGUUCUAAAUAUUUAUUUAGUCAAAUACCUUGGGAUAUCGUCGCUGGCUCAAAAGGUAACGGUGCUUUAAAAAAUGCAAUUGAAACGGCAAUCCUUGAAAAAACCAUCACCGAGCCAGUUCAGUGGAUUGGUACAGUUGGUAUGCCAACAGAUGAAAUUCCAUCUGAUAUUAUAGCCAAUAUUAGUGAUACAUUGAGUGAAAAAUUUGCAUCAAGUGCUGUUAUUACUGAUGAUAUCACUUUUAAAGGUGCUUACAAGAAUUUCUGUAAGCAAAUUUUAUGGCCAACAUUACACUACCAGAUUCCGGAUAAUCCAAAUUCAAAAGCAUUUGAAGAUCAUUCUUGGGGUUAUUAUCAAAAAUUGAAUCAACAAUUUGCUGACAAAAUCGUGGAAAAUUAUAAGGUUGGUGAUAUUGUUUGGGUUAAUGAUUAUCAUUUAAUGUUAGUACCAGCAAUGGUUAGGGCUAAAAUUGCAACCGCUAAUAUCGGUUUCUUCUUACAUGUUUCUUUCCCAAGUAGUGAAGUGUUUAGAUGCUUUGCUCAUAGAGAAGAUAUUUUGAGAGGUAUCAUUGGGUCCAAUUUUGUUGGUUUCCAGACGAAAGAAUAUGAAAGGCAUUUUAAACAAACUUGUAGCAGAUUAUUAUUGGCUGACAUCACAGAAAAUGGUUUAAAAUAUAAAGGUAAUAUGAUUUCUUCAAAUCAUAUUCCAAUGGGUGUCGACGUUUUUAGAAUAAAUCAACAAAUUAAAAAUGCCAAGGUCGUUCAAUGGAGACAGUUAAUAAGGGAAAGAUGGGCAGGCAAGAAAUUGAUAAUUGGUCGUGAUCAAUACGACAGAAUUCGUGGUCUUGACAGAAAAUUACUUGCCUACGAACGCUUUUUAAGGGAAAACCCACAUUAUAUUGAAAAGGUAGUGCUUAUCCAAAUAUGUUUAGGAAAAGCUAAUGACCCUGAAUUGGAACGUCAAAUAAUGAUGACAGUCGACAGAAUCAAUGCAAUGUCUCAAAAUAUAAGUAUAUCUCAACCAGUGGUCUUUCUACACCAAGAUCUAGAUUUUGAACAAUACUUAGCCAUUAAUUGUGAAGCUGAUGCAUUUUUUGUAGAUGCCCUAAGAGAGGGUAUGAAUUUAACUUGUCAUGAAUUUAUUGCAUGUUCAGAAGAGAAAAACUCACCUUUGUUAUUAUCAGAAUUUACUGGUAGUGCAGAUGUUCUAAAAGAUGGUGCUCUUUUAAUUAAUCCAUGGGAUAUUAAAAAGGUUUCAGAAAACAUCAAGAGAGCUUUAGAAAUGUCAUUCGAAGAAAAAAGACGUGCUUGGAAAAAAAUUAUGAAGAGUAUCAUUAAAAAUGAUUCUGAUAAUUGGAUCACCACAAUAUCCAAAAACAUAAAGAACUCAUGGGAGUUUAAUGAAGAGAUUUCUAGGGUUUUCUACGUUUCUACAGAUGAAGUUUUUAAUGAUUACCUUGCUGCAAAGAAGCAUCUAUUUAUCCUAAAAAUAUCAGAACCUCCUUCUGCUAGAAUGAUAAGUAUUUUAAAUGAUUUGACGACCCACAAUAUUGUCUACAUAUUAGCAAAUUUCUCGAAAACGACUUUGGAAAGUUUAUAUAGCCGUGUUACUAACAUUGGUUUAAUAGCAGAAAAUGGUGCCUAUGUUAGAUUGAGUAAGAUGUGGUACAAUAUUGUCGAAGAAGUUGAUUGGAUGACAGAAGUUGUUAAAAUUUUAGAUGAUAAAGUUGAAAGACUGCCUGGUUCGUAUUAUAAGAUAGCUGAAUCUAUGGUUAGAUUCCAUACAGAAAAUGCGGAGGAUAAAAAUAGAGUUGCUGGUGUUGUCGGUGAAGCUAUAACCCACAUCAAUACAUUAUUCUCAGAAAGAGGUAUCCAUGCAUAUAUUCACAAAGACAUUAUGUUUGUUCAACAAUUUGGGUUGUCAUUAUCUGCAGCCCAAUUUAUUCUUAGGUAUUACAACUCUACUACUACUUCUGGAGACAGCAAUUCCACUCCAGGAACACCAAGACAUUACAGUUCAAGAAGUAAUAGCGGUUUACACAAUGAUUACUUUGGAGGGACUUCUCAGCAUCAUGUGGAUUUCUUCUGUGUCACUGGUUCGUCCUCUCCAUCAAUCGAACCUUUGUUCCAUCUAGUUUCGCAAGAAUCGCAAAAAGGGUUGUUGAAAUAUGGUCAUAGCAUUGUUUACGGUAAUGCUACCUCAACUUUUGCAAAGGAACAUAUUGAUGGUUAUAGUGAAUUAUUCACAAUGCUAGAACACAUGACUAAGACGCAGCAUAUUAGAGCCUAUGACUACAACUAA